AUGAAUGUGCGAGAGGACCACGCCGCGCAAACUGCUGCUGCAGACGAGUCAGCAAGCACCACAUCCCCGCCUCGCCGCGAUCCCGUGGAGGACGCCAACCCCAGCUUUACUCGCAAACGCCCGCGCCUGGACAGUGGCAGCAACAGCGUCCGCGCCCUCUCGACCGACACUGAGUCGUCAACCCGGACCACCGCAUCGCCGCCGCGAGAACAACAGGUAGAAAUGACCAUACGCUCGCACCCGCCCUCCUCCCCGGUGUCCGCCCCGAUUGACGACGGCCACAAUGCUGAUGCGAUGCCGGCGGAUUCACAGAAUAUUUCUCCCAUUCUCAUAGAUAGCACGGGGGACGACUCCGGAAGUCCGCCCGUCAUGCUCAUCGAAGAGGACGAGCAGUCUGCUCUUGGCUUCACCGUGCGCGUAGACGCAUACGACCAUUUCCAGCGAUUCCCAUGGGCGCCUGCUGGAAACUAUACCCAGGUCGCUCAUGAAUUGCCUCAGUACAUCCAAGCAUCUAUGCCCGUCGACCCCCAGCUCCUCAUCCAGCUGUCCGAAUGGCUCGACGAUCUGCCCGAUCCAUCCGUCAACGUCGAAAGCUUCUACACUGGCAAGGCCGAGUUCUGGAACGAAUUCGCCGCGAUCGUGGGCAAAGUGCUCACUCGGAGGUACCACUGGAUGAACGCGCUGAACAACAGAGAGAGCAGUGAUUACAAUAGAUAUCCUCUCGGAGACGAUGUAGAAGAUCUACAGACAGACCAGAUCUUCGACCGCUUCUUGGGCGCAUACUUGAGAAUAUGCUCAUACAUCCUCCUCAUCGACGCUGGCAUGUUGUCACAGCAGCCUGCCGAACAGAUCUGCCAGCUUCCGUUGCUGAGCAACAGGCACAUCAGAUUCCUACAUAACAUUCUAAGAUUCGACAAGACUGCCAUCUUUCAGUUCCUACAAAAGGAGUACGCUAUGGAUGUACGGGAUCUGCAGACUCGCAUGUACAAGGACUUUCUUAUGGCUAGUGGAGCCCAGAAUCUCCUUCGCCUGGCGGAUGAGGCGUUCCAUCGACUUGCUCCCAAUGUGCAGAACAAUUAUGCCCUUAUCAUUUCGCAACUGCUAUCCGCGUUAGGCUGGACCAUUUUCGAGCUUCCUGGGACGAAUACCUUCAUAGACCGGGCGCACUACCAUCGCGGCGUGCUGUCGUUCUUCCAGAAAUACGGCACUGACCUUUACGAGCCUAGCCUUCCCUCCGAUGCCAAUAUUGCCCGUGAUCUCGUCCAAUAUUACUCGAUACUGGUGCAAGAUAUCUGCCAAUGGGACGAAAGCAUCGCCCCCGAAUUGAUGAACGAACUUAUGGACUCUAGCGAUCCGGAUUCACCAAUGGCUCCAUCUGGAGCGAGUGACGCAGGGACCGGAGACAUUGACUAUCGCAAAGACCCUAGCUGCUACCCAUCGUUGGUAUCCUGUGCAUACAAAUUCAAAGUUUUGCGCAAAUGUGUCGUCAAAGGAAACAUGAACAUGCGUGUCAUGAGUAUUGCGACAAUGGACGCGGCGCUUGUCGAAGUCUGGCGGGAUUAUAGUGCACUCGACCCGUCGUGCAAGCACCCCGUCAUCCAGUAUCUUGCGGACUUUUUGCUGCGGGGUCAGAUUGUCGACUACAUUGUCAGCGUGGACUCACAUCCUCAGUUGAUAUCUCGGAGUGCUAAUAUCGCCGGAUUCCUGGUCAUUGCGCACCGCUGGUCGGACGACCAAGCUGAUGCGAUAUGGAAGACCGUGUCGUCAAGUCCUGAUCCUCGAGUUGUAGUGGCGACAAUCGCCAUGCUUCGCGGUAUCAUCGGGCUUAUGACAAUGUCGGAUCGGUUGUAUCUUUGCACAAAGCUAUACAAUUUACCCAUUGACAGAUACACCAUGGAUAUUCUGCGCUUCUUCCGCUUUCUGACUGCAAACCUCAACGAGAACGGGAACCUCAUUCACAUCGACAAAGCAGAUAGGGGACCCACUGCUCGACCCUGGAAUGUUUGCAUCAGCGUGAUCCGCGAGACGGCACCUAGCAGGCAGGCAGAUAAGAAUCUGCUAGACCUGCAGCAUGAAGCCUUCGAUCAUCUUUGUGCAUUAACAGCUGCAAUCCCUCCUAAUGAACGACGCAUCAUCUAUCGGGAGUGUGCACAGCAGAUAGCGGACUGUUCCGAUGCUGCGACAGGGAAUUAUCGGAUCCUUUGCCAACUGGCUCAGUACACACACCCGGACGACGCAAUCUUCUCCGCACAGAACUUAGAUCUGAUGCGCUCGGUACUGAGUGAGAUCCCAGCUUUCGUGGAGAAGGAAGCCCAGAAUACUUCGUAUCCUUGGCAGGUUGAGGCCUUGCAAUACCGGCUAGAUCUGUUAAGGUUGACAAUCACACACCCCGCCAUGUCCGUCCCUGUUGAUCUUCACCAAGACCUCUGGGAUCACAUCGUUGGCGAAAAGGCGUUGUCCAACGAAUCGAGAGAUUUGGCCUGGAUGACACUGCUUGAAGCCAACAAAAGCUCACCAGGCGAUGAGUUUUGCAAGCAGCUCGUGUCAUCUUACAUCCCGAACAUGGAUGCACAGCUGUAUACGAACGGAUUGUUUGGAUUCGUCGCUAACUACGGCUUUCCGGUCACGAGAAAGACGAUCCCGACCGAACAAGGAACCGAUAGCCUCCUGCAAAUUCCUGGCGCGGAUCUGUUGUGGCGCCUGAUUUUAUCCUCUCCCGCAGGCACCAUUGAGGACGCUGCAGCUCGCCUUCUCGCCAGUCGCUAUGUAUGUGUGGUCGAAAGUCCCGGAGUGACUGCCGCAGAGGUAGAGAAAGCACAUGUCGCGUUGGUCGACCAGUGCAUGCAGAAGUUGAGGAUUGCCUUCGAGACGCAGCCGGAGCAGACCACCAACGAGCCAAUACUUCAUCAUAGUUCCGAAGUACAUGUACGCAGGAUACUGCUUUUCCAGAAGCUUCUACUUGGAUUUGCUCGCCAAAAGCCCGAACUUAACCGACGGAGGAUGGAUUCCAAAGUGGAUGCGAUGGACACUUCUGCAGACGUGUCUUAUGGGGAUGCUAUUACGAUCAGAUACCAGUGCGGUAAUGAUCGACAAUGCGUUACCAUGUCCUCUGAACACACGGUGGAUGAUCUCUACAGGAGGCUGUGCCAUGCAACUGGCUUGACAAAGGUCAAUCUCUUCGCGAGAGGGCAGCGGCUGAAGGUCUUUGAAGAAGCACCAUUGAAGCUGUCUGACAUCGAUUUUGGAGGCCAGGUCAUUGUGCAGCGUGCUGAUGGAGCAGAGCUCACUCGUCCCAUGCCCGAUCUGGCUGCAGGAUCCUCGGUGUUCGAAACUGCCAUCGUGGAGCAUUUCGAUGAGUUGUUCACAUGGAUGAAAUCUGGCGAUACAACAAGCUAUCUGUAUCUCCACAAAGCGUUGUUGGACACUCAGUUGAUAGACGAGUCGUUGUCUGACCCUCAGCAACUUCAGCUAGCCGCAGUUAUCGUGGGCAUUCUGCUAGAAUUCCUCAGAGUUGCACUCGACAGUCCGGACUCUGCGCCAAUAGCCCAGGACGCAUAUGCUACCAUCCUGGAAGCGUCGCUUCAUUCCCGUGCUAUAUGGGAGACAUUCAUGUCUCAUAGCGACGUGCAUCGCGUUCAUCAGACAAUGCUACUGUCGCAGCCACACGAGGCUACCCGAGAGUAUGUCUCACGCAAGAUAGCCUCUCUUUGUGGUGGAGACCUUCCUUCAACUUGCCCCAUCACACGAGCUGAGACCGGUUCCAAAUUCUGGACAAUCAUUUCGGCUAUCAUACCCAUAGCAGCACGGCAUGCAAGGCAGUCGAAGCAGUUGUUCAAGAUUGCGGAGCAUGUGUUUCGUGCCAACGACGAGUAUGACCGGAACGAAGAUCAUCUCCGGUCUUUGAUGACACAGUGGAGCACACUUCUUCUGAGCCACAACCACGAUGGGUUUCCCGGGCGAGAAGAAACCGAUUACGUUGUACACGGACUUACCAAACUAAUUCUCUGUUGCAUACUGUCAAUAAAGUCCUUCAAGAAGCCCGUGAAUGCCGGCUCGUUGCUGAAGCAGGUCUUCAAGAAGUACCUUUUCGUAAGCAGCAUACAGACAGGGAGCGCAUCACCUGAUCAAAUUUCUCUCCCGAUACUAGAGAGUCAUACACGAAGAGAGCUGUACGAUUUGAUGCUGGGCCUUGCUGAAGACCAGAGCACAUACCAGAUAUUGCUUCAACUUGUUGGAGAAAUUGAGCAAGAGGACACCGAGCUCAUGCUUACUACUAGUGUGGUCAACCGUUCCAUGGAGAUCAGGUCCCCUACGGGUUACGUGGGUCUCUACAACCCACGUGCCAUCUGCUACAUGAACUCCCUCCUUACUCAGCUAUUCAUGAACUUGAACUUCCGGCAAUUCGUCCUCAACCUCAAAGUCAACGAAGGCUUUGGAAGCCAGAAGCUCUUAUUCGAGACGCAGAGACUGUUUGCUCAGAUGCAGAACUCUUUUCGAAAAUGGACGGAUCCACGAGACUUUGCAGGUUGUGUAAAGAGCCUCGACAAAACGCCCAUCGAUAUAGCCGUGCAGAUGGACGCCGACGAGUUUUACAACCUACUCUUUGAUCAAUGGGAGGCUCAAAUGUUCAAGCAGGAACACAAGUCGAAGUUUCGGGCCUUCUAUGGGGGCCAGACCAUGAACCAGAUCAAGUCCAAAGAAUGCGAACACGUCUCCGAACGCGUCGAGCCAUUCUUCGCCGUGCAGUGCGACAUUGCAGGCAAAGCCAAUCUGCAAGAGAGUCUCCAGGCUUAUGUUGAAGGCGAUGUCAUGGAAGGAGACAACAAGUACAAGUGCGAGUCGUGCGACGGAAAGUUUGUGGAUGCUGUAAAGAGGUACGUACGCGCUGAAGUCAGAUAUUGCUCAAUUGCUAACGCCGACAGAACUUGCCUCAAAGAUGCGCCUGAUAAUUUGAUCUUCCAUCUCAAGAGAUUUGAGUUCGACCUGAACGACUUUAGCAGAAGGAAGAUAUACGACCAUUUCGCCUUUCCAGAAACUUUAGACAUCAGUCCAUACAAGUUUGACCAUCUGGCUGAUCCGGAGAAACCUCGCGAAGAAGACGUUUUUGAUCUUGUUGGCGUCCUCGUACACACAGGCACUUGUGAGAAUGGACACUACUAUUCUUACAUUCGGCAGCGCCCUUGUUCAUCGGAAAGUGCGACACCAACUUGGGUCGAAUUCAACGACAGCGAAGUCACACCAUUCGAUCCCGCCGAGAUCGCCGAGAGAACAUUUGGAGGUUUCACCGAAGGAGAAGGAUACAAUCGCCAGAUCAAGCAGUUCUCCGCCUACAUGCUCUUUUACCAGCGUAGAUCUGCUGUUGAGGAGGACCAAAGGUGUUGGGCGACCACGUCUGCGAACCGCAACCCACAGAUUGCCAUACCCACACUCUUUGAGGAAGAGAUUGACUCUAACAACGAACAAUUUCUCCGGGAGUAUAGCCAGUAUGAUCCAGCGCAUUCGAAAUUCGUCCGGCAGCUUCACAAUGUAGCACGGACGAUCAGCCACGGAGUGUGCUCAGAAGAUCACGUCCAGGAGGCCCGCGGGCUCUCUAUCGUGCUGUCCCAUCUGGGACUCAUAGCCUGGCGUCAGUCUGACUCUGAGAUCUCAUCGGAGCUGAUUCUUCAUAUCCGUCGGGCCAUGAUUUCAUGCUCUUCGUGCUGCAGCAUUGCACUGCGGUGGCUAGCAGGGAACGAUUCUGCGAUGACGAAUAUCCUCAUCAAAUGCACACAUCCCACGCUUCGGUCACAGAUGAGAGCAUUACUCGUCGACAGCCUGAAGUCUCUUCGCGAACAGGAGCCUUCAGCUUACGAAUCAGAUUCCUCAGACAGCGACAUGGAAGUCGAUUCAUCCACCCCUGUUGAAGGCGUCCUGGUGGCUUUGACUCGAAGACUACGGAUAACUGCAGAUGAGUCAUAUGAGAGCACUCGCGGCUGGGAAGACUUUUACCUGUUGUUGACCCAGAUCGCUGAAAUGGGUCUCCUCGAAACAGCGGUCUUGCUAAAUCAUAGCUUUCUCCAGUUCUGCCUAAAGCUCUUUUGCAUGCACACCCACAAACCCUCCAGGGAAGACUGCCCUGAACUGGCAAGGGUCAUGGACAAGAGGCGGAGCAUUUUCAACAGGCUGAUAUGCUUCGUGUGGAAGUUGCUCUCCCAAAUGGAUUUGAACCUAGAUGUUCUGAACGACAACGAUACUCACGACAGACUGUCCACUUUUGAUCGCGAGCGAAUGAAGUUUCCCCUAUCCAUACGAGAGACGGCUGCAGUGAUGUACUGGUCGGACGACAUCAAAGCCAUCGCGAUCAUUGACAAGAUCUUGGAAGUGUUCGACGACUCUAAGACAGAUCACUUCUACCCUGGCGACAUCAUAAAGUGGAUACUCGAAUCACGCAGCGCAAAAUUGCAGUCGGACAUGGGUCGAACCAUCAUCGAAGGAAUUCAGAUGGAGCCACCGUUUUGCGACGCUUAUAUCCAAGCGGCACUACCUCUGUGCGAAGCGUCCGCAAUUUCCGAGAAGAUCACCACAACUAUCAACACCGUUGUCAAGAUGGUCGCAUCAUCCAAGCGAGCCGCUGAAGAUCGUUUGCCAAGCGGGGACGCCGUAUUGGGGCUGUUCUUUGGUCUUCUGACAGCCGAAAACCAGGCGUUCUUCUAUCACAAGCACCCCCACGCGUUCUACCACUGUCUGAUGCAGCGCAGCAGUGUAUACGGUAUUGCACUGCUCUGUCAUGACGAAGACCGAGUGCGCAAAUCCACGAACAUUUUCUUCCAGAAGCUCUACGGAACCAAAGAAGCCAUGGCUUUGGAGACAAUUGCCAUUAAGUACAAAUCAGCGCGCGAACUCCUCACGGAGGUGACGCACAAAUUCGUGUACGAGAGAGACGUCGGCCGGCAUCGCUUGGACAUGGUGCCCUUGAUCGACACGGGCCGAUUGCUAGUCGAGCAGCUCUAUCUGCUGUCCCAGAAUGAAGAGCCUGAGGCGAAACAAUUCCAGCACGCCAACGACGCUGCUUUGAUCGGCCUAUUCCAGCAGGAGGUGGAAGCUGGGUUGCCCUCGUGGCCUCAUGAUAUUGGUACACCAAUGUCUCAGGGCGAUGCAUUCGAACAGUCAGAUUAUGGCAGUGAGUCUGAUGACGCUCACGAACUGCUUGAAAAUUGA